ACCACAUUGAGCUUUUGGUCUCCUGUAGAGAGCUCGUGCUCGUUAUUUGAGGGACAUCGACCUCCUUAGAAAUUCCGUCGGUUGGUGCAGCAACGAAGUCUGGGUUGAAAUGAGAUAGGAGCUGCUGCAAAGUGUAUGAUUGCGAAUGUUUUGGUGGCUGUGCGAUUAUACCACUUUUUCUAUUGACUGAAUGGACGGUUCAAAUGCUUUGAACAAGUCCAUGCAAAGCCUGUGGUCUACUCACAGGAAGGCGAAACUCAAUUUAAAUGCUGCUCCGCUUACGCCUGUCGAGACGCCUCCUCUAGAAGAUACAAAUAAACUACCUCUACCCGCGUCAGAAAACCUAGUUGAUUCAGGACCCUCAAUAUCUCCUCCAUCUUCCAUAAUACCUGCUACGAAUGAUGUAACCGCACCCGACGCUCGUCCCCCUCCUUCAAAGCGAAAAUUGCGCUCAGCUCGUUCAGCAGUGGAAGACAGCAGUAGUAAACGACCGAAGCUUUCUAGCAAUGCCAUAGCGAAGGAUCACACUCCCCCUGCCACUCGGUUGUCUGAUUUAGGUGGUGUGGAGGCAUGUGUGGAAAAGAUGCUCGAGCUGGUCGCGAUGCCUCUUUGUCAUCCGGAGAUCUAUCUGCACACUGGUGUGCAGCCUCCACGAGGAGUUUUAUUACAUGGCCCUCCUGGGUGCGGGAAGACCCUUCUAGCGAACGCCAUAGCUGGGGAAUUGGGUGUUCCAUUCAUCAACAUAUCUGCUCCUUCAAUCGUGUCUGGCAUGUCUGGAGAGUCCGAAAAAACGCUACGAGAUACAUUUGAGGAGGCUAAGCGCGUCGCGCCGUGCCUACUGUUCAUCGACGAGAUCGAUGCUAUCACACCAAAACGAGAGAGUGCCCAAAGGGAGAUGGAACGACGCAUAGUGGCACAGUUCCUAACGUGCAUGGAUGAUAUGUCCUGGGAGAAGACCGAAAACAAACCUGUCAUUGUCAUUGGCGCCACCAACCGACCAGACUCAUUAGACGCUGCUCUCCGUCGCGCAGGUCGAUUCGAUCACGAGAUUAGCAUGGGCGUCCCGGACGAGGAAGCCCGCAACAAAAUAUUGCGUGUACUCUGUGCAAAACUUCAAUUAGAUGGUGACUUCAACUUCGCUGCCUUUGCUAAAGCCACGCCUGGUUAUGUAGGCGCAGACCUAUCAGCAUUGACAGGUGCAGCGGGCAUCAUCGCCGUCAAACGCAUAUUCAAGCAACUCACAGACGGCACGCUCGUCCUUCCAGAGGUGCCAGAAACCAUCGAUCAGGAUACCUCUAUGGCUGUCGAUCCACCACCGACGCCCCCAGCCGAAGCCUCCCCAAGCAUCACCCCUUUUGUCUCUCUAGCAUCCCAACUCUCUACUUCUUCUAUCGCACACUUCCUCAGUGCACAUCCCUCUCCCCUCACACCCGCUCAGCUUGCCCCUCUAUGCAUUACUUCCGACGAUUUUUACGCCGCCCUACGUGAAGUCCAGCCUUCCUCCAAGCGCGAGGGUUUUGCAACCGUGCCAGACGUGACGUGGGCUGAUAUCGGCGCACUGCAUGGUACGCGUGAAGAACUACAUAUGGCGAUCGUGCAGCCUAUCAGACGCCCUGAGCUGUUCAGUGCUGUGGGCAUCGAGGCAGCGUGCGGCGUGCUACUGUGGGGCCCGCCGGGGUGCGGAAAGACCUUACUGGCGAAAGCUGUCGCAAAUGAGUCCAGGGCAAAUUUCAUUAGCGUCAAGGGCCCUGAGCUUCUAAAUAAGUACGUCGGCGAAAGCGAGAGAGCUGUGAGGCAGGUCUUCUCUCGUGCCCGUGCCUCAUCUCCCUGCGUGAUCUUCUUCGACGAGUUAGAUGCUCUCGUUCCUCGGAGAGACGAAAGCAUGUCAGAAUCUUCCGCGCGUGUCGUGAACACACUCCUAACAGAGCUAGACGGCCUAGACUCCCGCAAAUCCGUCUACGUUAUCGCUGCAACAAAUCGCCCCGACAUGAUCGACCCAGCUAUGGUCCGCCCAGGGCGCCUCGACAAGCUCCUCUAUGUUGACUUACCAAGCCCAGACGAGCGCGUCGAGAUCGUGCGCACGCUCGUGCGCAAGGUGCCAUUCGCACCCACAGAACAAGGCGCAGAAACGAUCCUGCAGGGCGCAGAGUGCAUCGUACGGGAAAAGUGCGAUGGGUACAGCGGUGCGGAUCUGGCAGCUGUCGUUAGGGAGGCAGGCGUCAUUGCGCUUAAACGCGUCCUUGGUGCACUUGAUCAGAUGGAUGAGAGUGGGGGUUUAGUGGAGGAUAGACCGCAAGUGCUGGUCGUCUUGGAGGAUUUUGUGCGUGCUCAGGAUAAGGUCGGUCCUAGUGUGUCUGCGGUACAGCGGAGGAAGUAUGAAGCGCUGCGAGCCAAGUUUGCUGGCCUUCCUGUGCGGACGGGAAAGGAUGUUGAUUAGAAAUGGGUUGUUCUCGAUAUGAGUGCGAUAAUAACGAGACGCAGCUGGGAAACAUCAACCUGCAACGCAUGCGUGAUUCGUUUGGCCGAGUACUGACAUGAACCUUGAGACCUUAUAUUUGCUACUAGGUACCGCUCCCGUAUACUUGGGUAGGCGAAAACACUGCUAUUGAGAGUGGAGAAGGUGUGCA